GUUGUCGGCAACCAGCGGUCAGUAGUGCAUCUACUGCCCAACUGACCAGAUGUUGGUAGCGUAGGCAGGAGGCACUUUUGCUAGAAUCCAAUGGAUUCGCGAUGGAGGUGAGUGGGACUUGCUCUGUGCAUGAGCUGUGACAUGGGGAAGGUCACGCCAGGUGGGUGGCACUGGUCUCCCACGCCAGGUUCCAUGAGUGAUGUGGCUGAGCUCUCAGUGGGCCCCUGUGUGCAGAGCGUGUAUACAGUCGUCUCAUUCCUCCCACUCUGCUGGGCAUCAGUGUCGAAUGGGCCUUGGUGUGAGUCUGUGUCAGACACAGGUUCAAGACUAGGUGUUGGAUCAGCUGGUAUCAGGUGGGGCAGCGAGGCUGGCUCUGAGAGCCCUAGAGACGCGGGGGCUGGGAGAGGGCCAGGGAGACCCUUGGACUUGGGCUCCCUGGAGGACACGUGGAUGCCAGGCUGGGAGAAGAGCAUCCUUUCCCAGGGCAGGGGAGGCAAGGUGGGGGCUGUCCUUCCCCAACCGUCCCUAGUCCCUGUGCUCUGGACAAGUCUUCCUCCUGGGACCCGACCACCAGGUGCCCGCCCACCUGGCUGUGUGGCUGUCCCCCCUCUGACCAGGGGGACAGCCCUCAGGGCAGCAGUUCCCGUGGGCUCCCUGUGCUGGCUCACAUGUGCGUGUGUGUCUUACAGAUUGGAUAUGGACGCCCUGAGGUCCGGCAGGGCCCAGGAGCGAGCAGGGAUCAUCUUGAAAUAUGAGCAGGGUCCCCGUAAAGGGCCCCAGUUUCACCUGGGAGAAGAGGACAACGAGAGUGGAGCCCUUGUCCCAGACAAACUUGGCUUCCUGCGUAAGCAGAAGCCGCCCAGGCAUGGAUGCCUGGCAGUGCAAUGGGUAAGCUGACCUUGGCCAUGGACUCUUCAUCUAGGAGGCAGAACUAGCAGGCCUGUGGGUAUAGGCAGUGCUUAGGGGAGUGCCAUAUGGUCCUCCAGGGACAGC